UCACAACUUACUAUUGCAUGGUUUGGUUGUUAGCGAGGCUGCCGCAUCUCCAAGCCAAGCGCCGCUCGCUCCAGCCGCAGCUACUCCUGGUGUCUGCUCGAGUGUCGCCGCAACGCCGCGCUACAGCUGUGCGGCUGCGUGCCCUACUCGCUGCAACCAAGGCAGGAGCGAGUCUGCACGCUCAACGAGCUCAGCUGCUUGAACAAGCACCGAGAGAAAUUCAUGUACUACCACCCCAUGGGCUACACCUUGGAAGACCCGGACGGGGGGGCCCUGAGUGAGGAGCUGCAGGACGCCCUCUUCUGCUCCGAGUGCUGCGCGGACUGCGCACGUCCCGUCUACCGUGUGACAGCUUCUUAUGCCCCGAUUUUCGGCCGGCAUAAGUCAGUGUUCUUGGACAAAUUCACACACGGCCUGUCACUGAUAAACACGAGCGUGUUCCACUUCUUCUACUCGUCGGAAGACCAGUAUCUUUACGCGGUGAUGAGUAACUCUGACUGGUACGAGACGAUCGGUUCGAUCAGCAGCCAAUGCGUGAUUCUCCUGGGCGUCAGCCUGGUGUCCGUCUUCGAGUUAGUGUUCCACUGCACCGUUAGAUGGCGCUACCAUUAUAAACGGCGCAGGAGACUGCGAAGACAUUCGCUGGAACGCUAA